GUCAAUCCCCUUGCUUCCCAAGCCUCCUACCUCCCGAUCCGAUCUGAAUGGGGCGAGACCCAUUACAUCUGGUAUCAGAGGUCCAGUCCGUCGAUCUGGAGACUGCCUACCCCAAGCCAUGCUACCAGAGAAACAGGCGAAGCAGGCGGCGGUGAUGGAGGAACAAAUCGCGGCACUGGCCAACGCCGUCAACGACGGGCGAGUUGCCAACGAGGCCCGCCUCGACACGAUCCGGCAGUCGCUGGAACUAUGGAGGCCGGCGGUUACCCAUCUCCAACAUCAGGUCGACUAGUUGCGCACGCAGGUUGGGCGCAUCGCGCUCCAUCCGGCUCUGGCGGCACCUCCGGAUCCGAUCCCGGAGGGUGACGCGGUGGUGCGACCGGUUCCUGCAGCAACUACGGACGCCACCGAGCACCACGGGCCGCUAGGCCAUGGCGAGAUCGACAACACCGGGAGCCAGGCGUAUGGCGUGGUCACCACCCAACUACGGCCUCCGGUCAAGGGAGGAGCUGAUGGACGCCUUACCACGGCGCGAGUACAGGCGCCAGGAUGCGCCACAGGCACGGCCGGCACCAAGGCCGCUACUUGCGCUGGGAGCUCAAGUGCCACGCCAACCUCCCCCAGGUGCACCGGUGGCGGCUGACGAUAGACGCGGUCUUGACGCCGCGAAUGCUCCGGAGCGCGGGCGAGCGGCCGACGAUCGAGUGGCCGUGCUACACAACUAUCGACGCGCGCGAGGCCUCUGCUUCAAGUGCGGCGAACGCAGAGGGCAAGGGCAUCAGUGUGCUGCCACGGUGCAACUGCACAUCGUCGAGGAACUGCUCGAGCUUCUCCAGGCGGAUGAUCAAGCCCCACAUCAACCCAUGGAAGACCAAGCUGAUGAGUAUCUAAUGUCAAUUUCCAAGCUGGCAACCACUGGACAGACGAUACCGCAUACAGUACGCUUGCUGGGGGCGAUUGCGGGCAAAGAAAUGUUGGUCUUAGUGGACUCAGGAAGUUCACAUAGCUUCGUGAGCGAGGGAAUAGCCGCUGAUCUACAAGAGCAAGUGCAAGCAAUAGUCGCCACCUCUGUCAAGAUUGCUGAUGGUGGAGUACUACAAUGCAAGGGCAUGAUUCCAGCAUGCUCAUGGACAACCCAGGGGCACACGUUUCAGACUGAUCUGAGGGUUCUAUCAUUGGGUUGUUAAGAUAUGGUUGUGGGCAUGGAUUGGUUGCAGAAGUGUGGCCCGAUGUGGGUCGAUUGGGAACACAAAACCCUGUAGUUUCAGCACGAAGGGGAAUGGGUGCAGCUAACAGGUGUUCAACCAAGAAGUACAGCAGUGGCACAAAUCUCCGCACAACAACUGACGGAAUGGGAAGAACAGAAUGCCAUUGCUCAUGUAGUGUUGCUCCAAAGUAUUUCACCGCCUUCACGGGACACACAAGAACUUUCAAAGAUUGCUGCAUUACUCGAUGAAUUCCAGCUUGUUUUUGCUGAGUCCACAACUUUACCGCAACACCGUAGCUGGAUCACAGGAUUCCUCUGAUUGCAGGGGCCAAAACAGUGAACAUCCGACCUUACAGAUACACUCCAGAACAGAAAAGUGAGAUCGAAGCGCAGAUUAAGGAAAUGUUACAGCGAGGAUUGAUCGUACCCGAUGUGAGUCCCUUCUCGUCCCCGGUGUUGCUAGUGAGAAAAAAAGACCAAACGUGGCGCUUCUGUGUGGACUUCCGUCACCUGAAUGCAAUCACUAUCAAAGGCACCUGCUCCUUCCCCAUCAUCGAUGAGCUACUUGACGAAUUGGCCGGAUCAAAAUGGUUCUCGAAACUCGACCUCAGGGCAGGUUACCAUCAAAUCCGAUUGGUGGAGGAAGACAAGGAGAAGACAUCAUUUAGAACUCACAUGGGCCACUUCCAAUUUCGGGUGAUGCCAUAUGGGUUAGCAUUCGCGCCUGGCACGUUUCAAACUGGAGUCAAUAUUGUGUUGGGGCCACUGGUACGACAUGGAGUACUCGUCUUCAUGGACGAUAUUCUAGUGCACACGGCUACCUACCAAGAGCACCCGCAGCUGCUGCGACAAGUACUCCAGCGACUGCGCGACCAUGAUUUGGUGGCCAAAAGAUCUAAAUGCUCAUUCGUGCAGCAACACAUCAACUACUUGGGCCACCAUAUCAGUGACCAGGGAGUGUCAACUCUGACAGAGCACGUUCAGUCAGUGCAAAAAUGGAAACAACCCACAACAGUCAAGCAGCUGAGAGGAUUCCUAGGAUUGGCAGGGUAUUAUCGCAAGUUUGUGCGCAACUUUGGAGUGCUCAGUAGGCCGUUGAACGACUUGCUUAAGAAAAAUGCAGUGUUUGUAUGGACACCCACAACACAGGCAGCCUUCCAAGCACUUAAACAAGCAUUGAUCUCAGCCCCGGUACUGGCAUUACCGGACUUCUCCAAGCAGUUUGUAGUAGAAACAGAUGCGAGCGCAACAGUCAUUGGAGCCGUACUCAUGCAAGGGGGCAUCCAGUGGCGUAUCUCAGUAAAAGUUUGGCUCCACGAAAUUUGGGGCUGUCAGCAUACGAGAAGGAAUGCCUGGCACUUCUCCUGGCAGUGGAUCACUGGCGUCCCUAUUUGCAACACUCUGAAUUCCUCAUUCGCACGGAUUAACGGAGCUUGCUGAACCUAACAGACCAGCGACUCAACACCCCAAUACAGCAGCGGGCAUUUACGAAACUGGUGGGUCUUCAGUUUCGAAUCCAGU